AUGUUCCAGCCUCAAUCAACGCCUUUAGCGUUUCACGCGUCUCCCUACCAGUACUGCCACGCCACCAACGCUGCUCAAUCUUACAACCACUCUCACGCCUCUCAGCCUCAAGACCAAUCCCCCCAGGGCGAUGCAGGAUAUGGCAUGGGUAUGGGAAGGGGAGCAGGGCUCGGUGGAAUGAUGAUUGCCGACGAAGACGGAGGAGACACGGGUCUACGAAUGGGCAGAAUGGGCGGGAUGUGCAACAAUGGAGGAAACAUGAGCGACUACACCCUUCCGCCGACGUCGCUGGCAGUCGGGGGAGCCGCUGGCGUUGGCGUUGGAAGAGGAGGAGGAGGAUCGGGACCCAGGGCUGUGGCUGGAGCUAUAGCUGGAGUUCCAACUGUAGCUGGUGUGGGUUCAUCGACGAGGAUGGGACUGGUAAUGGGACAAGGGCAUGGCGACGGCAUGGGUAGGCCCCUGGGCUCCAGACUGGGAACGGCGGACGGUGUCAACAUGGACACGGACAGGAGCAUGGAGUUGCAAUCGCGGUCGCAUCAGCGGCCAUCUACGGGAGGGGAAGCUGCAGGGCGCUCCAACAUGCCGUUGCGCAGUCACAGCAGCUCCAACAUCAACAGCACCAGCGAGGGCGACGGCAGCAGCAGGGACACGUCCAACAACACCCUGGAACUGGACGAAAUGGAACCGCACCUGGCCCUGGGUCUGCCGGGCCUGGGCCAGGACCUGCACGGGGGGGGCCUGCACCGAUUGCACCUCCUCGUCGCCCUCGUGCUUCGGGCCCCGGCCACACUCCUCCUGUUGCUGCUGCUGCUGGUACAGCGCCAUCACAACAGCUAUCCUUACCACAACCAUCCUCUCCCUCCACCACCACCUCAUCCUCGCCUCCUCCUCCUCCUCCUCCUUCUUAUAUAUCCCCGUCAUCCGUUGCUGCCGUCUCCGCCACGGCCUCUGGCCCUCCCGUUCCCGACGCCGCCGCAGUAG